AUGUCUGUGUUGAGAUACGCUCUGCCCGUCCUUGCCGUGGCUGGCUCAGUUGCUGGUAAGCUCACCCGUCCUUCAUCCCCCCACACAGCGGACACGAAGUGGAGUUCGUGUGCCACGUUGAGUCUGAGAGACUUCCGGUCUGGCUGGUCUACCUACCGAACUGUGGUGCUGACGAUCCGUUUCCCAGCUCAGUGCAGCGCUGCAACAACCACGAUCCAGAACUCAGGCGAUGCCUCUGCUCUGGCACGGUGCUCCACGUUCAGCGGCAGCGUCGCAGUUGCAACAGGAACGACCGACACCCUCCGAAUCCCCAGCGUUCGACGGAUCACAGGCGACGUGAUUGCCGAGAACGUUGCAGGCAUACCCUCUCUAGAGGCUUCCGACCUGGAGAUGAUCGAUGGAUCGUUCACCCUGACGAACCUCACCAUCUUGUCGAACCUGAACAUGCCCCGCUUGACCGAUGUUGGCCGGAUCAUUUGGGAAGGCCUGCCGAAUCUGCCCCAGCUCUCAUUCACCUCGCAAGUCAAGACCGCCUUGAGCGUCUCCAUCCAAAACACCUUCCUGAGCUCACUCGAGGGCAUCAACUUGGAGACCGUCGAGUCGUUCGUGGUUGCCAACAACGGCUUCCUGAACGAGAUCAACCUCCAGCUUGCCAAUGUAUCCGAGCAGUUCACCCUCGAGGCCAAUGGUCCCCAGCUGGUUGUCGCUUUGCCGAACCUGAUCUGGGGCAACGAGAUGAACUUCCUCAACUGCUCCAGCGUCAACAUCCAGUCUCUCCAGACCACGAAUGGAUCGCUGGGCUUCUACAGCAACUUCUUCACGGAGAUUUCUGCGCCCAACCUCACUGAGGUCGCCAACUCCCUUUCCUUUGUCGCCAACAGCGAGCUCUCCAACAUCACCUUCCCCCAGCUCAGGUCCGUCGGCGGUGGUCUUUUGAUCGCCAACAACAGCCAGCUCGAGAACAUCAACGGUUUUCCUGCUUUGGAGACCAUUGGAGGCGCUCUUGACUUCAACGGCCAGUUCAAUAACGUCGAGCUCCCCGAACUCAACAACGUCCGCGGCGCUUUCAAUCUGCAGAGCACUGAGGACAUCCAGGAGGACUGCGACGCGUUCAGGCGUAUCUCUGGUCCUACCAACAUCAUCAAGGGCAGGUUCCAGUGUGCCGGCAGGCAGUCCAACCCGGGCGGUGCCAACACCACGCCGACCUCUGGCAGCUCUGGCUCGUCGCCCAGCGGUGCUGCUGGUCAUCUCGACAUCUCAUCAUCCACCGUGAUGGGUGUGUCUGGUGUCCUCGCCGCCAUCUUCGGUCUCUUGUAG